UCUUCUACUUUGUUAUUUCUUCUUUCAGGAUGAAAAGAAAUGCUGAGAAAUAAAUAAGGCUUUUCUCUUCUGACUUGGAUAUUUAUAAUGGGUAUCGGGAAGUCUAAAACAGAUCCCUGCCCUCUUUCUCUCUCCUGGGGUAAAAGCCACAGUAUGGAUACAAGUCAAAGACAUCAUGAGUCAGAUUCCAAGAAACCUGAAGAAAUCUCCCUGCGUGGUGCUGCUGAGCAUAGAAAUGCAACAGAGAUGCCAACAGGAAAGCAGGAGAAAGCUGAAGGAGUGGAAGAGAUGCCUGAAGAGGAAGCAGAAGAAGAAGUGUUCCUCAAAUUUGUGAUAUUGCAUGCAGAAGAUGACACGGACGAAGCCCUCCGAGUCCAGAGUCUGCUAGAAAAUGACUUCGGCAUCAAACCUGGAAUAAUCUUUGCUGAGAUGCCAUGUGGCAGACAGCAUUUACAGAAUCUAGAUGAUGCUGUAAAUGGGUCUGCAUGGACAAUCUUAUUAUUGACUGAAAACUUUUUAAGAGAUACCUGGUGUAAGUUCCAGUUCUAUACGUCCCUAAUGAACUCUGUUAACAGACAGCACAAAUACAACUCUGUUAUACCCAUGCGGCCCCUGAACAAUCCGCUGCCUCGAGAAAGGACUCCCUUUGCUCUGCGAACCAUCAAUGCCCUAGAGGAGGACAGUCGUGGCUUUCCUACACAAGUAGAAAGAAUUUUUCAGGAGUCCGUGUAUAAGAUACAACAAACUAUAUGGAAAGAAACAAGAAAUAUGGCACAAAGGCAAUUUACUGCCUGAGAUGGAGUACUCAACACAUGGCUGGCUCUUGUUUUAUAAAACAAAUACUUGAUCUUCAUUUAAGAAAGCAAUUUCUAGGAAAAGUAUAAAUAAAAGAGAACCUUACUCUUAUAGAAACCUAUGGAGCACAAGAAAGAUAAAUUUCUGCAGGACAAUCUAUAAAAUUAUGGUACUUUUUGAUGUUUUGAUAAACUCGAGAUUGGCAGAGUUUGAUGAACCUUCCUCUCACAGUUUUCCUAGUUCAUGAAUAUGACAAAGGAUAUUCUCAAUUCAUAGUCCUUGUAGUGAACUUGAACAAAAACAUUUGUGACAGACAUUUUAA